AUGGUAAAAUACAACUUUUUAUGGGUUCAUGCUCUUUUGGCUACAUCCACAUUUGCUUACGAAGUUUCAACAAAUACAGUCUUAGACGGUUCAGUUCCAACUGGUGAACCUGUCGUAGUCGAUUCUGAUGCGUAUCUUGCUUUGAUCCAUGGGUCUACUCAAACUUUUUCUAAUGAUCUAACCGUAAACGGUGGAUUAUACAUUUCUGAUUCAAAUACUGCCGAUGCAGGUAUGACACUGACUACUAACGGCAACCUUGAAAAUACUGGUAUAAUCGUUGUUGACAAUAGAAAUGCAACAACUGGUAUGGAGGCUACUAUUGGAGGUUCAACAUUUAGAAAUGAUGGUCAAAUGUUUUUCGCAGGUUCCUAUAAAGGAACUUCUAACGCUUUUAAUAUUAAUCCAAGUACCUCUUUGAUUAAUACAGGUACGAUUCAAUUUAGUCAAGAUGCAAUCGGUUCAAGUGAAGCAGAUUUAAAAUCCGAAUCGAUUACCAAUGAUGGUACUAUCUGUUUACAAAAUAUGAAAUCCAUUAUACAGUCUGACGUUAAUGGUAAUGGGUGUUUCGAUAUCGGUGUGAAUUCUAUGUAUGUCAUACAAGGGAAAGAUACUGCUAUUGCAACAAAUCAAACAUUUUACUUGUCUUCAACAACUUCCUCAUUAUAUUCCGAAAGUAAUGCACUAACUGAUAAUAUAAUUGUUAGAGGUUUUGGUAACGGUAAUACACUUACAUUUAGAACAUCAGUAGUGAGUUCCAGUUAUGAUUCUGAAACCGGUAUAUUGUCAGUAAAUCUUUUCCCAUUUAUUUAUCAUGAUUACAAUAUUGGGUUAGGCUAUGAUUCAUCUUUAUUCCAAGUCAAAAGUGUUAGUAAUUCAAUCACUCCUGAUCUUAUUAAUAAUGGUCUCGCAUAUCUAGGCCCACCUCCUACAAGUUCUAGACCAGCUGUCUGUUCAGUAUGUCAACCAAUUCCAUGGAUUCCAUUCCCUCCUCUAGAUAUCCCAGCCCCAUACACAACAACAAUCGUGAGUAAUACGUCAACUAUAUCUGAAAUUGUCUCUUUCUACUCAACUCAGUCAGAUGGGAUCCCAGUUGUAGGUUCCACCGUAUCCACCAUCCCUCCACCAAUUACAGCACCUCAACCGGUAACUGUCACAAUUACACAAAGUGGCCGUACAAUCACUACUACAUAUUACCCACAAAGUAGUCAAAGUUCAAUGGCUUCGACCUCUAGCGCUUCUUCCCCUUCUUCUUUGUCCAACGGCUCUAAGUCAUCUAGUUCUAGUUCUGGUUCUAGUUCUGCUUCCAGUUCUAGUUCCAGUCCUAGUUCCAGUUCUACUUCUAACUCCAACUUGCACACCACUGUCACCUCCAUUGGUACUGUUCCGGUAACCGAGGUUGUUUCAGACUCUCCAUCCACCGACGCCUCUGGCCAUGUCACUACUGUUGAGUCCACUUAUGUUCUCGUUGGUUCUUCAUCUGAAUUGAUCUCAGCCCCAUACACCACCACUAUUGUCAGUGAUGGUUCCUCUGAAACAGAUGUUGUUUCGUACUACCCAACCACCGACUCUAAUGGGGAUGUCAUUGUCACAGUCACCACAUUGACCAAGUCUAAGUCAUCUACUUCUACUUCUAACUCCAACUUGCACACCACUGUCACCACCAUUGGUACUGUUCCAGUCACCGAGGUUGUUUCAGACUCUCCAUCCACCGAUGCCUCUGGCCAUGUCACUACUGCCGAAUCCACUUAUGUUCUCGUUGGUUCUUCAUCUGAAUUGAUCUCAGCCCCAUACACCACCACUAUUGUCAGUGAUGGUUCAUCUGAAACAGAUGUUGUUUCGUACUACCCAACUACUUACUCGAACGGAGAUGUCACUGUCACUGUCACUACAUUGACCAAGUACCAUAAUAGUAGUACUAUCGUUACCAAUAAAUCAACCCAACAUAAAACGGAUGACGUUAUAAGCACUAUCAUCACUACUGAUUCUGUUGUUUUCACACAGAUUGUAACUUACUGUCCACUCACUGAUAAGUCAGGCCAUGUAGCAACCGCCGAAUCCACAUUUGUUUUAGUUGGCUCCAGUUCUGUUCCUAUUCCAAAACCUUCCACUACUGUCCUCACAAAAAAUACUAUUACUGAAACUCAAGUUGUAUCAUGCUAUCCAGCAACAGGCGAAUCCGGUAAUGUUAUUAUCAAAUCUACUACCCAAACACUUGUUCCUAAUUCAUUCUCAACAAUCCGUGCUGGUUCUGUAACAAAUACAAACGUAUUGACAGUUUAUCCAACUAGUGAUAAAGCUAGUAAGAUUCAAAUUGCAUCUGCGGCUAACUCAAUUGUUACCAAUACACCAUCUAUUACCACAUCUGCAAAAUCAACUCCAUCUGAGAGCCCUGUACAUAUAAAUCCAGCACAGUCAUUAAACUCUGUCAGUAGUGGUUUUGCAUUCAAUUCCGGGUCUACUAUCAGAAGUACCAUUCCACAAUAUACUGACAAACCAACAUCAUCUGCUGCCAUCAUAUCUUCAGAAAAUGGUGCUUCGUCCAUCAUUUCAAGCAAUAUUGUACUUACCGUAUUAGUGUCCAUCUUCUUUACCUUCGUUUUUUAA